AUGAGUGCCUCGCGCAGCAGAGGGAAGCGAGAUACCUCGCCCCCCCGGCGAGGCACCCUUGACCUGGUGAGAGAGCUGGCGCGGCUUCGGGACCAGGAGCCGACGAGGUUCCCGGCAGCUUACCUCGACCUCAAGUUGGGGCAAGGCCACCACACAUGUGGAACGCUCUCCACUCCGGCCAACGCCAACGAAUCGAUGAAAGCAAGCGAAGAAGCCUCAGAGGAAACGGUACCGGACCUCGACCACCUCCUCAAGGUCUUCGCGCCGCCUGCCCGCACCCCCAGCUCCGCUUCCCCCCGGCCCGGCAGCGGCUCCUCCUCCUACUCUCAGCUCCGCAGCGGCGCCGCCUCCUCCCGCCGCUCGCCCACCGCAGUCCCGUCCUUCGGCUCUCCUCUUGCAGGAAACAUGAACGCUGCGGGCCUAGGCGAGUCUCUCCUGGAUGUCUCCGGGAUCUCGGGCAUCGCCGGCGACAACAACGACUUCAACUACAACGACUCCGAUUUGUUCCUCGGCGGGGGCGGCGACAGCGGCGACAGCGGCGGCGGCGGCGGCGGCGGCGGCGGCGGCGGCUACGGAGGAGGCGUUGCCGCCAACGGUGCUAGCACUCGCGGCCGCCACCAUCGCCUCGACCUAGACACUACCGGCGGUGGCAAUAACGGCAGCGUCCUGGGAGGAGCAACAUCGCCAAGGUGGCAGCAGCCCGGUCCUGGCCGGACAGCGGCGGUGGACGCAGCGCUGGUAUCCCGAGCGGCGACUCUCCGCCUGGGCGGCGGGGGGGGAGAGGGCGAGACACCGGGGCGGUCGCGCUCGCCGAUGACCGACUCGUUCUUGCUGCGAAACGGUGGUGGCAGUAGCGGUGAUGGUUCUGACGGCCUGGGUGUCGGUAGAAACGGGGCCUCGGCGAGGAGGGGGGGGGGAGUGGGCGCGUCGGGCGAGUGGGACGCGAAAGCGGGCGAGUCUGACGAUGAUGAGAUCCACCAGCUCAUCGCGGAGGCCCAGCCCCUGUCUGCGGAGGCCGUCGCCGACCAGACGCCGGACGUGCAAGACGUGCGUUGCGUGUGCCUGCACCAACCGGUCCUUCUGCGCGGCAGCCAGGGGCGGUAUCUGCAAGUCAGCAAGGAGGAGCAGGAGGCGGAGGGAGACGAGGAAGACUUCGACGAUAACGCCUCCAUAGUCACCGCGGUCACCGCCAUCUCUGGAGAUAAGGUCGGAGGCGCAGCAGGAGGGGGCGGGCUCAUCGCCGGGGAGCUCAAGACCCUGUUCGGAGUUAGCGCGGAAGGGACCGGCACUGGCGACCCUUCGGAGGUGGUCAAUUUCGUUUCGGCUUCGCAGAGGGGCGACAGGGGCCCCGUUGUCUAUGGCCAGUCCGUGUGCAUCAAGUCGGUGCACGGGAAGGGAAAGUACCUGCGGGUUUCCUCAUCGGGGGCGCUGGCGUUUGCGAGGUUCGUGCGAAAAGGGGAGCGGAUCGAGCUGGAGCACACGGAGUACUCGGGCGCGCGGAGCGGGGCCAGGACCUCCCUGAUGAUGCGGCCGGGUGACUACGGAGGCGGGUGGGAGGUGGCGGCGGGGCGACGCGAACAGUACCGUGGGGAGGAGUACGAGUCGUGGGAGAUACUUCCCGCGGGGGUGCCGUACCUUCCCCCCUGGAGACGUAACAGGUCCUACCUAACUCGCGACUUCCUGUUGGCGCCGCCCCCGAAGGCACCUUCGCGGGCGGUGGCGAAGCUCUUCGGCAUCGAGCCGGGGGACGGCGUGGUGAUCGACUACGACCAUCGCCGAAGCGGCGGCGGCGGCGGUGCCGAGCUGCAGCGAUCGAGAGGGGAAGGGGCGGGGUGGGGGCGACAGGGUGGAGGUGGGGUUGCGGAAGCCCUGCCGGAGGCCAUGCAGGAGCAGCUGUUGCUGGACGACCUGCUGUACGCGAUGAUGGGAUUUGCGGGAAGCUACAUUGUGGUCAAGGGCGUCGGCGGCAGCGGCAGCGGGGGCCAAGGCGAGGCAGCCGCUCCUCCGGCCUCCCUGUACGAUCUGGAGUUCGCCGUGAACGUUGGAGAUUCGAUCGAUCAGUCCCUGGCCUAUCUCGCCGAGAGGGUUUUGCCUCUCUGCAACAACUACGUCCGGGUGAACCGAUUCGCAUCCGAGCGAGCGCAGUACGAGUUUGGGAAGGUGGCGCACGCGCUUGCCGCGGGAGUGCAGCGGCUGCUCCGAGAGUACCUCGUGCUGGUUGCACAGCUGGAGAGCCAGCUCUUGCAGGGGAAGCUGUCGCUCCAACGGCUUUGGUUCUACGUACAGCCGUCGAUGCGGACGAUGGAGUCGCUGGAGGCGUUGACGGUGGAGCUUAGGGACAGCAAGGGUGGGGAGAUGCUUCGGCGGCUGAGGGCGCUGGGCGGGACGGGUGGCGGGGGGGACGAGGCGUCGAGGCAGCUGUACACGUUCCUUUUGCAUCAGGCGAGCGUGCCGUACUUGGAGAUGCUGGAGAUCUGGAUCUACCACGGCAACCUGAACGAUCAGUACGGGGAGUUCAUGAUCGAGCAGGCGGAGGACGUGCACAAGCAGGACGUCGGGCAGGACUUCAACACACGCUACUGGUCCGGGCGUUACCUCCUGCGGCCGGAGCACGUCAUCGCCAACCUGGCCGGCCGACAAGACAAGAUUCUCACCACCGGAAAAUACCUCAACGUUGUCAGGGAGUGCGGGCGACGAGUGGACUGUCCCCUGGCCGGCCCCAUCCCCGCUGACCCCGGAGCCGCGGGCGAGGGUCUAUACUUAAAGGUCAUCGACGGCGCUUACGGCUUCGCCUCUCGCUGCCUCAUGCACCUCGUCGUAAGAGAGGGCCAACUCCUCCCUCGGCUGGAGUCGAUCAAGCACUACUUUCUGCUGGACAGGGGAGACUUCUUCGAGCACUUGCUUGACUGCGCCGAGACAGAACUGGACAAGGUUAUACCCCAGAUAUCCGUCCCCCGAUUGGAGUCGCUGCUGCACCUAUCGGUGCCAGAUGAGCUCGGCCUCGCAAGACCCGUUCAAGGAUGA